AUGUACUGGAAUGAGUUGAAUCCACAAAAACGCAAUAUUUUGUUUAAGUUUGACAAUUCAGACAUUAAAAAAGACAAGGACCGAAUAGUAAUAAAACUUAAAACAAAUAUAUUCAAUUUCGUUAAUUUGUUUUUUUCAUCAUCCAACAUUCAUGGCCUUAACCACUUGACUGACAAAAGGAGACAUUAUAUCGAAAAAUUAAUCUGGGUCAUUGCAAUAUGUUUGAGUAUUUAUGGUUCAGCAAUACUAGGUUCGUCUACUUGGAAUCGUUAUCAAGAAAAUCCAACUGUGGUAUCCAUGGAUAGAGAGUACAAGGAAUGGGCUACUGCACUUCCAGCGGUAACUUUAUGUCCCACAAACAAAAUCAAUGAUCAACUUUUCGAUGAAUUCGUAGAGAAAAAGUUUAUAAAUUAUACAGACGAGGAGAAAGAAGAUUUACGGACGUUUCUAGAGCUUUUGGCGAACGCCACUUAUGGUACGUUUAAAGACGUGCCAGUGUACAAUCGGAUAUCGCCGAAUGACUACUUGGAUUACGUUAUGUCGCUAAAUGGUAUUAUAUCGUACACGAUCAGCAAUAGUCACGUGGAUAUAUUUUCGUCGAUUGAAUUGGUGCCCAGUGUAACCGAAUUGGGCUUAUGUUAUUCGUAUAACGGGUACAUCGCGCCAUACAAUGAUUACAAAUAUUGGAAAAGACGCAACAUCAGUGAGUUCCCGAAAAUAGACAUCAUGUCGGGCACCCCGUUGGACGGCGACAUUUUCGUUCAAAUAACGUCUAUGAAUUUCGGUUACAUGGGAUUUUUACACUCUCCUUACGAAGCGCCUGACGUGGCGUGCCGCAUUUACCCGUCACCGGAGAAUUUCUACAAAACGCUGGAGGUGACUGCGCUGAGUAUAUAUAGUACGCCGGAAAUAAAAUAUCUCUCGCCCAGGCAGAGGGGCUGCCGGUUUUUACAUGAGAGCGAUUUGGAAAUAAGCCCGGAAAUGUAUACGUACAAUAUGUGCCGGAACCAGUGCCGAAUGGACCAAGCGAGAAAACUAUGCGGAUGUGUUCCAUACUUUUACAGGCCGCUGAAAAAAUAUAAAAUAUGUGAUGUCGAAGGAAUGCAUUGUUUGGAUCAAUAUAAAGAAUUUCUUAUAAAACUCCGGAAUACAACAGGCGUUGAUAAAAAAGUAAACUGUGGCUGUUACCCACCUUGUGAUGAUGUUAAUUAUAUCGUAGAAGGAGACAACACAAUUCAAUGGUUUUUAGGAACUAAUUUGAAGUGGGGACUUAUAAAAUAUCCUCGUAUGCGUUUGAAGAGAAAUAUUCUUUUUGGUUUCACUGAUGUCUUAGUUUCGAUUGGAGGCACUGCAGGUCUAUUUCUUGGAUGUUCGGUAUUAAGUUUCUUGGAGAUAAUUUACUUCUUCACAUUUCGUCUGGCCUUUACGUCAUUGUAUGAGAAAUAA